CCAUGGCGACGCUGGAGGACCUCGGGGUGUCGGCCUUCAUCAACAUCGUGGGCGCCUUCAUCUUCCUCCUCCUCUUCGCGGUGCUCCGCAUCCAGCCCAUCAACGACCGCGUCUACUUCCCCAAGCUCUACAUCGCCAAGAAGCGCACCCAUGACCACCGCGGCGCGCGCAGGGCCAUCAACCUCAACCUCUGCACCUACUUCAAGUUCCUCAGCUGGGUCCCCGGCGCGCUCCGCAUGAACCAGACCGAGCUCAUACACCACGCCGGCCUCGACUCCGUCGUCUACCUGCGAAUCUACACACUCGGGCUCAAGAUAUUUUUGCCCAUAAUGGUUGUCGCCUUGCUGGUUCUUAUCCCAGUCAAUGUAUCUGGUGGCACAUUACUGAACUUAAAAAAAGACGUUGUCUUUAGUGAUAUUGAUAAGCUGUCCAUAUCAAAUGUUAGCCCGGGAUCCAACAGGUUUUUCAUUCAUCUUCUAAUGGCAUACGUGUUCACAUUUUGGACGUGCUUUAUGCUGUACAAAGAGUACAGUAACGUCGCAUUCAUGAGAUUGCAUUUCCUGGCAUCUCAGAAGCGUUGUGCUGAUCAGUUCACUGUGAUUGUUAGAAACAUACCUAGGGUUUCCAGCCAUACAACAUCUGAAACAGUUGAAGAGUUCUUCCGUAGGAACCAUCCGGACCACUUUCUUGGUCAGCAGGCUGUUUACAAUGCUAACCGGUAUGCUAAACUCGUAAAGAGAAAAGAGAGGCUUCAAAAUUGGUUGGAUUACUACCAACUAAAGUUUGAAAGACAUCCUGACAAACGACCAACUGGAAGGACUGGAUGCUUUGGUUUCUGUGGUGGAGAAGUGGAUCAAAUCGAUUACUACCGAGCUAGAAUAAGUGAACUUGAUAAGAGGAUGGCAUCCGAGCGUCAAAAAGUUCUCAAUGAUCCAAAAGCUAUUAUGCCUGUUUCUUUUGUGACAUUUGACUCAAGAUGGGGGGCUGCUGUAUGUGCACAGACACAACAGUCAAAGAAUCCCACCCAAUGGCUAACUGAUUGGGCUCCUGAACCACGGGAUGUUUAUUGGGAGAAUCUUGCCAUUCCAUUUUUCUCUCUGAGUAUACGCAGGUUUCUGAUAUCAAUUGCAGUUUUUGCUUUGGUCUUCUUUUACAUGAUACCUAUUGCAUUUGUGCAAUCACUUGCCAAUCUUGAGGGUAUUGAGAAAGUUGCACCGUUCGUGAGGCCAAUAAUAGAAGUAAAAGUGGUGAAGUCCUUCCUACAGGGCUUCCUUCCUGGUCUGGCUUUGAAGCUCUUUCUCUAUAUCCUCCCAUCUGUUCUUAUGAUCAUGUCGAAAGUUGAAGGCUAUGUUUCUUUAUCAUCUCUGGAAAGGAGGACUGCUUCAAAAUAUUAUUACUUCAUGCUGGUGAAUGUUUUUCUUGGAAGCAUAAUUGCUGGCACAGCUUUUGAACAGCUAUAUUCCUUUUUUCAUGAUCCUCCUUCAGAAAUACCAAGGACCAUUGGAGUAGCUGUACCAAUGAAAGCUACAUUUUUCAUGACAUACAUAAUGGUCGAUGGCUGGGCUGGUAUCGCGAAUGAGAUUCUUCGGGUGAAACCACUGGUCAUAUACCAUCUGAAGAACAUGUUUAUCGUGAAAACUGAGAGGGACAGGGAGAGGGCGAUGGAUCCUCGCAACAUUCAACUUGGGGAAAACCUUCCAUCCCUACAACUGUAUUUCCUCCUUGGGCUCGUGUACGCAGUGAUCACCCCCAUUCUCCUACCUUUCAUAAUCGUCUUCUAUGCCUUUGCUUUCCUUGUCUACAGGCACCAGAUCAUCAACGUGUAUAACCAGGAGUAUGAGAGCGCAGCGGCAUUUUGGCCUCAGGUCCAUUCGCGCAUCAUAGCAAGCUUGCUGAUCUCUCAUGUAACUCUGUUUGGGUUGCUGAGCACGAUGAAAGCCGCCUACUCUACGCCGUUGCUCAUCUUCCUACCAUUGCUGACGAUAUGGUUCCACAAGUACUGCAAAAGCCGGUUCGAACCUGCUUUCCGGAAGUAUCCUCUAGAGGAAGCAAUGGAGAAGGACAGGAUGGAGCAUGCGUCGGAGCCAAGCCUGAACCUCAAGACCUACUUGGCAAAUGCCUACCUGCACCCCAUCUUCCACAUGUUUGAGCAAGAGGAACAGAAAGAGGAGACGACGUUAGAGGUGAGGAUCGACAAAUCGCAGCAGCAACAACAACAGCAACAUCAUGUGAGAAGCUCACACACACAGUAUGAGGAGAGGAACACUGAGACACAUUAUUACCAUGAGGAGAGGAGCAGCAGCCAAUACCAGUAUCAGUACCAGCAUGAGGAAACUCACAUGAGGAGUGAACAGUCACCACCGCACUUCGUCUACCACCAUGAAAUUCAGCCUUGAUGCUAGGAUCUUACCACUACCUAACUUCAUUGUGUUUUUGUGAAAAAAAAUUAGUUGCCGUGUAGUCUUGAUGGGGCUGAUGAGGAUUGAUGUAUAUGUCAAUUUGUAGUGUGAUGAUAAUGCAGUGAGGCAAUUAAUUUAUUGCUGCAAAAGAAGGAUAUACUAUUAACUAGCUUGAAAACUAAUGUGACUCGGCCUUGAUGCAAAUGCAAGUGGCUUGUGCCGUUUCC